CAAUCCCCUAGCAUCAUGGGCACCUGGGCCUUGUCCGCAGCCCUUUUCUUCUGUCUGACUCCUGAAACGCUGCAAGGCGGGCUGCCCCUACUCCCUGUUGGCCUGAGGAAAGGCCUUGGGAGUCCAAAUGGUUACAGAUCAGGCUAUGGCCCUCCUAGUGGGCUGGAAGCAGGCUUUGGAAAGAGUGCCAAACCUCAGAAGCCAGGAUAUGGAACCAGGCCAGGAGCUGCAGCCUUCCUAGGGGUGGGAGCGCAGCCAGGUGCUGGAGAGGAUAUGAAAUAUCAAAAGUUAAGACUUGGCAAUGGGAAUGGGAUAGGAGCUGGUCCCUUCCUGGGAGUCCGAGUCCAGCCAGGAUUUGCCUAUGGGAAUGGCCUGGCAGCCCACCCAGGCUUUGAAGGAGUUGGAAAACUUGGGAAACCAGGACUUGGGAACAGGAACAAGCUGGACACUGGGGCCUUCCCAGGAGCGAGGACUCAGGCAGGAUAUGGAGGGGAUGUGAAGCCCCAGCAGCCAGGCCUCCCAGGUCAGGACAGCUAUGGAGCAGGCCUUUUGAUUCCCAUCAAUCAUGGACCAGAUAGGAAACUGUCUACUUCCCCUUCCCCUCCCAAGCCCCCAUCUCUGCAGGAUACAGGACCAAGCUGA